CGCGCUCGGCAGCGCAUGCCUGAGCUGGACUCCGCCGGCCCUCCUUGUCCCCACCCUUCCCGCCCAUCGAUAUCUCGGCGCUCGCCCCGCCCUCCGCCGGGCUGUACUGCUGCCGGGUCCCCGGGCGGCGCGAGUGCGGCGGCCUCCUCGCUGCUGGACACACGCACCUCCUGCCUCGGCGCUCCGGGAGCCGCAGGGCGAUGCCGCUGCCGCGCCGCGCGGGCCCGCGCUCCGUCCCGGCGAGGCCGCCGCGCCCCGCGCUGCGCUGCUGAGAGCGGGGAGAGCGCGGCCGCCAUGGCCUCCGGCUGCCCCGCGCCGUUCGGCGAGCCCGGCGAGGCGCGGGAGGGCUUCCUGUGCCCGCUGUGCCGCCUGGACCUGCAGGCCUUCCAGCAGCUGCGCCAGCACUACGAGGAGGAGCACUCGCGAGAGGAGCGGGACGUGCGGGGACAGCUCCGCAAUCUAGUCCAGAAGGCCAAAAGAGCAAAGAAGAAAUUGCUGAGGCAAGAAGGAGAUGACAGAACGGAUUCUGGGUCUCAGGAGCGAUACGAAUCGUUCAGCUAUGGGGGGAUAGAUCCGUACAUGUGGGAGCCCCAGGAAGUAGGCGCUAUGAGAAGCCAUCUCUCUGAUUUCAAGAAGCACCGAGCAGCCAGGAUUGAUCACUAUGUAGUUGAAGUCAACAAGUUAAUAAUCAGGUUAGAAAAGCUUACGUCGUUUGACAGAGCGAACACUGAGUCAGCUAAAAUAAGAGCUAUAGAGAAGUCUGUUGUGCCUUGGGUCAGCGAUCAGGAUGUUCCGUUCUGCCCAGACUGUGGCAAUAAGUUCAGUAUUCGAAACCGGCGUCACCACUGCCGCCUCUGCGGGUCUAUCAUGUGCAAGAAGUGCACGGAACUCGUCAGCCUGCCUUUGGCCAGCAAGCUCACCAGUGCCAGCAAAGAGGCCUUGGGCUCCCACGCCAGCCCCAGCUCCUCACCCAACAGCGUCCACGGCUCCCGCCGCGGCAGCAUCAGCAGCAUCAGCAGCGUGAGCUCCGUUCUGGACGAGAAGGAUGACGACCGAAUCCGUUGUUGUCGGCACUGCAAAGAUACCCUGUUGAAAAGAGAGCAACAGAUUGAUGAGAAGGAAUACGCUCCAGAGAUUGUGAAACUCUACGAGAAACUGCGACUCUGCAUGGGGAAAGUUGACCAGAAGGCACCAGAAUACAUAAGGAUGGCAGAAUCACUAAAUGCUGGGGAGACAACCUACAGUCUUGAACAUGCUAAUGACUUGAGGGUGGAAAUUCAAAAAGUGUACGAAUUUAUCGAUGCCUUAAGUAAGAAGAUUUUGAGUCUAGGCUUGCAUGAGGAUCCCCAACCUCAUCCUAAAACACUACAGCUUCAGAGAAUGAUACGAUAUUCAGCUACGCUUUUUGUUCAGGAAAAGCUGCUUGGCCUAAUGUCCCUGCCAACCAAAGAUCAGUACGAAGACCUAAAGAGGAGAAGACUGCAGAUGGUAAGACAGAUGGCUCUCGAAGCACAUGGGAAACAAGAGGAAAAGCAGCAAGACUUAAUCUCGAGAUCUGCAGCUGCAGUUAACGGUGAUGCAACUCAGCUGAAAAAAGGAACAGUCAGGAAGUGUGAGGGCUGGUUACCUACAUCCAGCGUAUCCAGAGAGCGGGAGAUAGCAGACCCGCUUCUGCAGCAGAUCGACAAUAUCACAUCCUUCAUUAAGCAAGCAAAGGCAGCUAACAGGAUAGAUGAGGUCCGUAUGUUGCAAGAGAACCUGAGGCAGCUUCAGGAUGAAUAUGAUCAACAACAAACUCUGAAAGCGAUUGAGCUUUCUAAAAAACAGGCAGAAGAGGAAGAGAGGCAGAGGGAGGAACUUCAGGUCCUUCGUGAGAAAGAGUGGGAAAGAGAACACCACAAAUUCCUGUCUCAGCAUUCAAGGACACGUUCCUUGGACUUCAGAGAAGUCAGGCAGCAGCAUGAAGUGACACAAGAGCAUCGGAACUUGACAGCCCAUGUGUUGGAUUUGGAUAUUACUCAGAUCAAAAGGGACCCAAGUUUUGAACCUCCUGCUGUUGAGCAGCUGCCAGCUGAAGAGCCCUUGGUCUUUGCCCUCAGACCCCAGGGCGUCCCACAGGGUGACAAGGACCGAGAGCAGCCAGCCUGUCUGAACCCCUUUGAAGAUGAAGCAGAUACCCCUCAGUCAGAGGAAGAUGCUACUAACCCAUUUGCCAACGACACUUCCCCAGUGGUUUGUUUCUCUAACACAGCUUUGCAAAGUGAUAAAAAAGAAUAUAAUCCAUUUGAAAAUGAGGAGGAGGAUGAACAAACUAAUGGAGAACCUGGCAGUACUACAAACCCUUUUGAAGAGGAUGAAAAUCCAUCUCAAAAGCCUGGGGGCAGCUGGAAUUCCGGGAAUCCGUUUGAAGAGGGAUCCUCUACCAACCCCUUUGAGGUGGAGGAUGGCAGUGAGGUCUCUGGAGAGGAGGCUAUAGAAGAAGAGCUGCUUCUCCAACAGAUAGAUAAUAUCAAAGCUUAUAUAUUUGAUGCCAAACAUAGCGGACGAAUGGAUGAGGUGGAGGUACUGACGGAAAACUUGAAGGAAUUGAAGCGCACAUUAGCCAAGCAGAAGGAGAAAUCCAACUGCUGAAGCAGUAGGGCUGUGUAAUAAUUGUGUUAGGUCUGCUGUAGAGUAUGGGAAGGUAGAGCAGAGACAAACGGGAGCACAGGUCACAAGGGGGAAGUGGGAAAAUUGGCUUUUACGCACUUUCAAUGAGGCAUUGCCACUACUACUCAGUCUAGAAGAAUUCCAGAGGUGCGCUGCUGCCCUCCAACUGUUCGACUAACACAUUUUUAAACUUGUUACAACACUCUUUUAACGCUAGCUGGUGUUCUUGUUGCUUAUUUUGGUCAAAGUGGUGAAGCACUAACAGGGAACUAUGAUUUGGGAAUGGUUUCAGUGUUGGUUUGUCAUCUUUCCCCCUUCCUGUUGUAUUGGCCUUUUGGGUGGGGCUGUGACUGAAGAGAGACGAGACCUCCCUGCCACUCGCUCCUCUCUGUGCUGCCCCAGCGCGGUGUUCAGUCCGGCCUGGCUGCCCCGUGGUGGUGAAGUGCCGGUAAAGGCUUCUCUGAGGUGCAGAACAUACAGCUUGCAGAUCAGUUUUGUGCAAUGACAACACAUAAAAGGGAUUUUAAGACUGAGAACUUUAUAACUUAUCUUAAUAUGAAUAACUUUUAAAUGUGUUUAUAAAAAUCCCCAGGUAGAAUUUGGGGGCUGUCUUUCCAUGGCUUUGUUUCCCACUGUGAGUGCAAACUGCAGCGCGAGAGCCGGUGCCCGCUGGCUGCAGACCUGCUCGUGUGGGCACACGCGCUCCUUUCCACACGCAGAGCCGCAGGCUGGCGCCGCUUCCGACUGAACACGGGGUGACCCUCCAGUUCCCAGUAUCUUAUGGAACCUACGCGUUCCUUUACAUCUUCUGGGUGACAGAAUGAUCAUGGUUGUUAGGUUUGUGAGACUGGAACCCUUUUGUUUGUAGCAUCCAAGGAACAAAAAUCUUGUUUACAACGGAGAGCUGAAGUGCCACUGAACUGCAGUUCUGUGAAGGCCGGGAGACAAGUCCGUGGCUGCCGUAGUGCCAAACAGCAGUUCUCUGCGAUCCGGUUCCCCCAGAAGCUGUUGAGGAUGGGGUGUGUCUGUCUGGAACAGCAGCUCCGUUGCUGCAGCCCGGGGUGCCGAGGUGACACGGGAGCGCCUGGUGACGGGCGUCAGAACGCUGGACCCGCGGGUGGGCCGCGCUGGGUCUGGGUGAGACGGAGCCUGAGCUGCUGGGUCUCACUGAGGGCGGGCAGGAGUCAGUCUAACAGGUGUAUGUAUUUGAAGCUGGAAAUCGGGCAGAUCGCACUGUAUAGCACUAAUAAUAGUGGGCCUACUCGGAAGGGUAAACAUUUAUGGAACAUGAUGGCUUUUAAUUGUCUCUAAUAUAUAGUAGCAUAGCUAUAACCCAAGCAUUGCAUAAUAUUUUAGAGACAGAAAUAAUUAUCCUACCUAUAGAGCAGGAACUCUAGUUGUAUUCUGCUGUAAAUGAAAGUGGAGGGGGGACUUCCAGAACUGUUGUUUAAAAAGCAAUACUGCCCAUAUCCUCAGUUAAUAGCCCUAGUAACUGGUCAGCAGAACUCGGAGCAGGUGUUGAAGGACGGCCGGCGUUCUUUACUGACGCUGAGAGGUGUGCAGAACGGGGAGUGUGCACAACAGGGUGUCUUAAAGCCAGGAAGUUUUUAUACUGAGAUGUUUUAUUGGAGUUGAUCAGGUCCCUGACUGUUAUUUUGCACCAAGUGAAAUGAACUGAGGAUUCUGAAAGGUCAUGACCAAACAUGCACAGUGACACCAGGUUUAGGAAGGCAGCAAAAAAUAAAUGUUAGGAUAGCUAAACAUAAUCCCUGGAAUAUUGUUUAACAAAAGUUAUUUAAGACAGACAUGUUUGCAAGAGGGAUCGCUCCCUGCACUAUAACCCACAGGCAUUCCUGGUAUCAGCACGAGAACAAACGAACAAAACAUUUCAGUGGCUUCAGCUUUCACGUCUAAAGUGUUUUUCCUGUUGCAACUAUCCUGCCUUCUUUGUAUGUUCAGUCUAAUACACUAAUAAUUAAAGUAUCCUUAUUGUACAUGUAGUAAUGUCUUUCCAAGCAGAUGACAGGCUCGCAUACCUCAGGAUCCGCCAGCGUUACCCGUGACAGAGCAGACGCCCGGCGCUCGCGGCACCUCCCGCUGGCCCCGGGGCCGCUGUGGGGCUCGCCCGGCUCUGCGCAGCGGAGACUGACUGCAUGCGCUACUCCGUAUGGCAACUUUGUAAACAGAGAUGAAAUAAAACGACCUGUUUAUUUUGU